AUUUUCUUCUCCACUUUUUUUAUUUUCUGCCAAAUAUUUCAACUCGCUUUCGACAACUACCUACGCACAUCAGCUCCACACAAGCACAAGCACUUGCUACUUUCACAUCACUUUUUUCUUCUCGACAUGGGUCUUUUAUCGCUGGGCACGCCGCUUCCCUGGGAUCAGGCAAAGCUCCUUGCGUGCGAGGUGCGCCAACACGGAAUCGAGCAGUUCCUUCACAUCUGGCGCAACAUGAAGGACCGACAAAAGGACAAUCUGCUCUGGGGCGAUGAGAUUGAGUACAUUCUCAUUUCGCUGGACCACAAGAAUAGGCGUGCGCGCCUGUCGCAGCGGGGCCAUGAGCUUCUUAGCCUGCUACAGGUGGAGGAGAACGAGAGGCUCACCAACCCUGGCCGCCCUGGCGAAAAGCCCGAGCUCGAGGCACUGUGGAGACCCGAGUUUGGCCGCUAUAUGAUUGAAGGCACACCUGGCCAUCCGUACAACUCGACUGUCGACGAGCUCGUCAAUGUCGAGGCGAAUAUGAAGCGGCGGCGUGAGAUAGUCGCGGAGAAUAUGACCGAGGAUGAGAUAAUCGUAUCGAUCGGAAGCUACCCCGAGCUUGGCAGCGCCGACUUCCUCGACCCCCCGCAUAAGCCCAAUGGCCAGUUUUUGCGCAGUCUCUUUUUGCCCGACGAGGUUGUUAACCCGCACCCCCGAUUCCGCACGCUGGCUGCAAACAUUCGCGAGCGCCGUGGCGCCAAGGUGGCCAUCAACAUGCCCAUAUUCCACGACGCAAACACCCCAAACCCCUUUGUCGACCCGACCAUUCCUUACGAGCGCAAUCUGUUCCCUGAGGACAGCGAGGCUAAGGAGGGUGCUGCGCUGCCAGACCACAUUUACAUGGACGCCAUGGGCUUUGGCAUGGGAUGCUGCUGCCUCCAGAUCACGCUGCAGGCGCCGAAUGUUGACCAGGCGCGCCGGAUGUAUGAUCAAUUUGCCACUGUUGGCGCAGUGAUAAUGUCGCUAUCGGCCUCGUCGCCAAUCUUCCGCGGGUACCUGGCCGACGUGGACUGCAGGUGGAAUGUCAUUUCAGCCGCCGUCGACGACCGGACACCCGAAGAGCGCGGACUGCGGCCGCUGGCCAAGGACCGCUUUGUCAUUCCCAAAUCACGCUACGGAACCAUCGACACAUUCCUGGGCUCGAGUGACGGCCACUUCAGGCCCGAAUACAACGAUCUGCCGCUGGCUUACGACAAGGACAUCUACCAGCACCUGGCCGACAGCGGCAUCGAUGACCUGAUGGCAAAGCACGUGUCGCAUCUGUUUAUCCGCGACCCGCUGGUGAUCUUUGAGGAGCUCCUCGACCAAGACGACUCGGUGUCGGCAGACCACUUUGAGAACAUCCAGUCGACCAACUGGCAGAAUGUGCGCUUCAAGCCGCCUCCACCAAACUCGCCCAUUGGAUGGCGCGUAGAGUUCCGCCCGUUGGAGGUGCAAGUGACUGACUUUGAGAACGCGGCGUUCUCGGUGUUCACAGUCCUUCUGGCACGCGCGAUGCUGGCGUUCAACGACAUCAACAUGUACAUUCCCGUAACGAAAAUGGACAUUAACAUGCAGCGCGCCCACAGCCGCGAUGCUGUGCUCAACGAGAAGUUCUACUUCCGCCGCAACAUAUUGGGCGAUAACAAGUUCGAGGAAGACGUCAUCGAGAUGUCUGCCAACGAAAUUGUCAACGGCUCGCUCGAGUUUGUCGGCCUCAUUCCGGUCGUGCAGAUGUACCUGGACUCCAUUGCGCUAGAUGACGCUGUGCGCAGCAAGAUUGACGUGUACAUUGCCUUUAUCAGCGGGCGCGCCAAUGGGUCGAUCGUGACAGCUGCUGCCUGGAUCCGCAACUUUGUGCGCAGCCAUCCAGCAUACAAGUUUGACUCGGUUGUGUCCCCAGAGAUCAACUACGACUUGGUCAUUGUGCUUGAUGAGGUGGCUCGCGGAAAGCGCCUCGCUCCGGAGAUGGUUGGGACCGGGGGCAGCUCUGUAUGAUUCGUGCCAGGCUGUGCGCAUUAUAUUAUUUUAUCCUUUCAAAUGCUUAUCGUAUUUUAUCGUAUUUAUUACACAUUUGAGCUUUCACUUGGCAGUUUGAUGCUGGUACGCGGAACAGACCCGUGUGGAAGGCCAGUGUAUCCCCGGCGCAUCCGACAAAAAAGAUUACAAUUUUCUAACCUCUGGCCUUAUGCUAAAUAUCAACACUAUUUAGCUGGUCGUACUAUUUGAGAUUGCCGGCCGUAUAGAGCGAUAUGUCGCAAGGGUUUGAAAGGGGUUUAAACGCAGACAAAGCAAAGUGUCCUUGAAUCAUGACAUGGUGGCGUUGUGUUUAAUGCGCACAUGCACGCCACGCCUUUCUCCAAUUUUAUCGAAUAUAAUACUUCAUAUACGUAGCAAAACAAGUAAAUAUAGAAUAGGGACCCAACAUAUUGAAAUUUGAGUACAUAAAUUGCAAAAAU